AGAAAUGAGUGAAGAAGCAACAUCCCUGAUGGAUCUUCCAUCUCCAAUCUUGUUACAAAUUCUCUCUACAUUACCUCCUACCACACUAUUAUACGUCAAAACCCUCUCCAAAUCUUUUCUAAAUCUAACCUUAGAUUCCGAAUUUACAAAACUUUCACGUUCAGCCAGCAUCAUCAUCCACCAAUUCCACUCUAAUAGGACCAACACCUUAAAGAUUUUGAAAUUCGUAGUCGAUAACAACUUUGAUCAUGAUCCAAUUGUUGACCUUGAUCUGCAACUUUACUUUCCUGCUGAUCCAGUUUUCCUAGUUGGAUCGGUUCAUGGUUUCGUUUGUUUUAAUUACUUUUUCGGUGAUGUUGAUAGUAUUUACAUCCUCAAUCCAACAACAAGAGAAUAUAUCAUCCUUCCUGAGCCACAACGUGUAAGAAAGUGGCCUAAUUUAGUUACUUAUGGUUUUGGUUUCGAUCCUGUUAGGUUCGAGUACAAAGUGGUUAGAAUUUAUCAAGAGGAAAUUCGUGAUACUAAUGAUUUUCGUUAUUACAAGUCUGAAGCUCAAGUUUACAUAAUUGGGAAAGGGUAUUGGAGAAGUUGUGCAGGGCAUGUCAUGUUAUGUUUUGGAUGCUGGGCAUAUGGGGUGAAACUAUAUGGAAAACUUCAUUGGUUGGUUUCUGAUGCUAAUGGAAAUGAGUUACUAUGUUCGUUUAAUUUGGAGAAUGAGUUGUUUGAAUCAUUCCCCACGGCUCCAAUGUACAAUAAGAAAAGUAAAGAAAAUUGUCCAAAUUUACGAAGUUUGGGAGUGUUUGGACGUUGUUUAUGUGUGUGUGAUAAUAAUGCAGAUACUCAUUUUGAGGUAUGGGUGAUGAAAGAAUACGGAGUUACUGAUUCAUGGGUUAAACAGAUUGUCAUAAACAUAGCUCCUGAAUACAACGAUUGGUUGUGCUAUGAAAUGAUUAAUCUGUUGAAAGUUUUGGAGGAUGGACAAGUGUUGUUCUUGUGGCGCGAUGAUUUCUUGUUCUUGCACCAUCCUGUGAAGAAAACUUUGAAAAUGCUUCAUGUCUGUGAAGGGAACUUGUUGGCAUGUGGGCAUGUAUCAAGCUCCUUAUCUCUCAAGAAUUUUGAAGUAGAGGUUGUGAAUGUCUUUUAGAUUAUUGUCAAAGUGCUACUUCACAAUGUUACUGCAUCAGAUGAUAUUAGGUGCUUGCAAGGACUGAAGGACUCAUUUAAGGAUCCUAAUGGAAAUUUGAAUUCUUGGAACUUCUCAAACUACUC